UCUAUCCAUCCAUCCAUCCAUCUAUCAUAUCACAAACCUUCUCUUCCCCCCCCACCCAAAUAACAACAACAGCAACAAUGGCCGAACUAAACACCCUCGAACAAUGGUACUACGACGUCCCCAUCGUGACGCGCGUGUGGACGACAUCAGCGGUGCUGACAAGCGUGCUGGUCCAAUGCCAAAUAAUAACGCCCUUCCAACUCUUCUACAGCCCCGCGAGCGUCUGGCAGAAGGGACAGUACUGGCGUCUCGGCACCACAUUCCUAUACUUUGGCCCGCUGAGUCUGGACUUUAUGUUCCACAUCUUCUUCAUGAGUCGGUACUCGCGAAACCUGGAGGAGAGCAGUUUCCGCGGGAGGACGGCGGACUUCGCGUGGUUGAUUGUGUACUCUGCUGUCUCGUUGUUGGUGGGGUCUUUCUUUCUUUCUUGCUUUCUUACCUUUCGGGUAUCAUAGGUGGUGAGGAGAGAGGGAGAGGGAGAGGGAGAGGGAGAGAGGUGGUGGAGCUGAUGUGGUGGGGAAAAAUUGUUGUAGGUAUUGUCGCCUAUCGCUUCUAUGCCCUUCCUCGGAUCGCCCUUGAGCUUCUCGCUGGUUUACAUAUGGGCUCGUCGGAAUCCCGCUGUUAGGUUGUCGUUCUUAGGAUUGUUCGUCUUCAGCGCUCCUUACCUGCCCUGGGUACUCUUGGGAUUCUCGCUGCUGUUGAAUAAUACCCUUCCCAAGGAUGACCUGUUGGGGAUCGUGGUUGGGCAUGGUACGUUCUCACUCCUAUCGUAUCGUAUCGUAUCGUCUACGGGUGCGGCUUGGAAGGGUGGAUGGAUGGUCGAUCGUUUGUUUGCUUGUCUGUUUGCUUUGCUAAUACUACAUAUGCGUGGCCAUGAUCAGUCUACUACUUCUUCUCGGACAUAUACCCGCGAAUACGCAAUGGCUCGAGACCGUUGGACCCCCCGGCCAUCUGGAGGCGGAUGUUUUCCGCCGCUCCUUCCCCUCCUCCUGAAGCUCCGGCCGCAAGAGCGGAAUGAUCGGAUAAGGUUGCAUGAAACACGGAGACCCCCCCCCCUCUAGCACUUGUAGUAUCUUUUUUUCUAAUUUGCUUAUGAUAUUUGUUUGCUUUGGUUGGUUUAUGGGGCAACGCAGGACAGCGAUUAGAUAGAUUCUUGAAUGUAUGAUAUAAAACUUGGGCGGUUUUAAGUAUUUUAACUACGGUUUAAAGCCCUGAGGUCUUUUUUGAUUCUUUCUUUUCUUUGUUUUUUUUCCUUUUUCCUUUUCCCCUCUUGUGUUUCUCUUCUCGUCGUCCUCGGCUUUUGUGCUUUUUUCUUUCUUUUUCUUGUUCAUUUCGUUUCGCCUUAAAUCUCCUCAUAUCUGUCAAUAUCCUCCUUAGGCCCAUCGCGAGUUCCAUUGCUUGGCCCGCAUGACCAUCAUACAGGAUCUACCGUAAUGCCAUGCUGUCCUCUCCU